AUGCGAACUCGAUCGAGUCGAACAACAGAAGACUUGGUCGAGCUAGAUUUCACCACGGGUAGAAAGAGAAGUCAGAGAACUCAGAGGGUACAAGCAGAACCUGAGAGAUGCUCCAAACCGCCAUCAACAGAGACAAGGGAUUGUCCCACCACCUGUCAGAACCACAACUUUGAGAUCAAGCUGGGUAUGAUCAACCUUGUGCAGAACAAGAUGUUCCAUGGAUUGCCAAGUGAAGACCCCAUUGAUCACCUUGAUGAGUUUGAUAGGUUAUGUGACUUGACCAAGAUCAAUGGUGUCUCUGAAGAUGCCAUCAAGCUGAGACUCUUCCCUAUGUCUCUUGCUGACAAGGCUCACCAAUGGGAGAAGAGCCUGCCCCAUGGCACAAUCACCACUUGGGAUGAAUGCAAGAAGGCAUUUCUUGCUAAGUUUUUCUCCACCGGUCGCACAGCCAAGCUAAGGAGUGAGAUAUCAAGCUUCAUUCAGAGGAACAAUGAGACUUUUGCUGAGGCUUGGGAGAGAUUCAAGGGCUACACAAGUCAGUGCCCUCAUCAUGGCUUCAACAAUGAGUCUUUGCUCUCUACUCUCUAUAGAGGUUGCUUGGCAAGGUAUAGAGAGAUGUUGGACACAGCCAGCAAUGGAAACUUCCUUAAUCAGGAUGUGGAUGAUGGUUGGCAGCUUGUGGAAAACAUUGCAAACUCCAAUGGAAGUUAUGGAGAAGAGUAUGAUCGCACCAACCGGAGCUCGACCCACAACUCGAUCGAGUCCGAUGAAAAUUGA